UUCAAACAGCCGCUUUGGCCACGCCCCCUUGAAAAAGUAUAAAUAUAAACGGCUCCUCUUCCGCUCCUCAGUACUGCCUUCUACAACCGAUUCUUCGACGUCGGGGAGAAGGAGAACUUAUUCAGAAAAAUGCGUGAGUGUAUUUCUAUGCAUGUCGGCCAGGCCGGUGUCCAGAUGGGCAAUGCAUGCUGGGAGUUGUACUGCCUGGAGCACGGCAUCCAGCCGGACGGUCAGAUGCCCAGCAACAAGAACAUUGGAGGGGGGGGGGACAACUCCUUCAACACCUUCUUCAGUGAGACUGGAGCUGGCAAACAUGUUCCCAGAGCUGUCUUUGUGGACUUGGAGCCAACUGUCAUCGAUGAAGUGCGAACUGGAACCUACCGCCAGCUCUUCCACCCGGAGCAGCUGAUCACAGGCAAAGAGGACGCAGCCAACAACUACGCCCGUGGCCACUACACCGUCGGCAAGGAAAUCAUCGACCUUGUUCUGGACAGGACCCGCAAACUGGCUGACCAGUGCACUGGACUCCAAGGUUUCCUCAUCUUCCACUCCUUCGGUGGAGGAACCGGCUCUGGCUUCACCUCUCUGCUGAUGGAGCGUCUCUCUGUGGACUACGGCAAAAAGUCCAAGCUGGAGUUUGCCGUGUACCCAGCUCCCCAAGUGUCCACAGCCGUGGUGGAGCCCUACAACACCAUCCUGACCACCCACACCACCCUGGAGCACUCGGACUGCGCCUUCAUGGUGGACAAUGAGGCCAUCUAUGACAUCUGUAGCAGGAACCUGGACAUCGAGCGUCCGACCUACACCAACCUCAACAGGCUGAUUGGACAGAUCGUCUCCUCCAUCACCGCCUCCCUGCGCUUCGACGGCGCCUUGAAUGUGGACCUGAUGGAGUUCCAGACCAAUCUGGUGCCCUACCCUCGUAUCCACUUCCCUCUGACCACCUACGCCCCUGUUAUCUCAGCAGAGAAGGCCUAUCAUGAGCAGCUGUCUGUCGCCGACAUCACCAACGCCUGCUUCGAGCCCGCCAACCAGAUGGUCAAAUGUGACCCUCGCCAUGGGAAAUACAUGGCCUGCUGCCUCCUGUAUCGUGGUGACGUGGUGCCCAAAGAUGUCAACUCAGCCAUCGCCUCCAUCAAAACCAAGCGAUCCAUCCAGUUCGUGGACUGGUGUCCCACAGGCUUCAAGGUGGGCAUCAACUACCAGCCUCCCACGGUGGUUCCUGGAGGAGAUCUGGCCAAGGUGCAGAGGGCCGUCUGCAUGCUGAGCAACACCACCGCCAUCGCUGAGGCCUGGGCUCGUCUCGACCACAAGUUCGACCUGAUGUACGCCAAGAGGGCCUUCGUCCACUGGUACGUUGGGGAGGGGAUGGAGGAGGGAGAGUUCUCCGAGGCCAGAGAGGACAUGGCUGCCCUGGAGAAGGAUUACGAAGAGGUGGGAACCGACAGCAUCGGAGAGGAGGAUGAAGGUGAGGAGUACUAGACUGCUGAAACUUCUGGACCCUGUGUCUUCAUAUGCCACAAAGAAAAGCCGUACACAAAUGUGUUCUGAAUUAUGUGAAUGUUUCAUGUUUUGAAGCAAUAUUGGACUGAUUGGUUUAAUUCUACACAUUGUUAAGCUUUUAACUGUGCUAAUAAAAUGUUGAAGUUAUUCUUUUUCCAGUAUUUGCUUCAGAGAGCACAAGAUGUUGCAUUGACAUCGGUCAGGUAUCAUUUUAAGAGCUGUAAAGAACCGUCGAUCAAAAUUGUCAAACAUUAUCUGUUUAUCUGGUUGUAUAAAUGUGUAUCUUCACCUCCAGUCAGCUCUGACAAAAUGUCCAACUUUUCAAUUUUGAAUUGUCUAGAAUGGUAAAUGUCCCGAGUCAGAGGUCCUAAGAUAUUUUGCCUACAGUAUAUUAAACAAAGUAAAAUAUUUUGA